AUGUAUAACAUAGUUGACAUUCACCCGUCACUCUUGCCCCCUUCCCUCUUAUAUCGUACCAUUCUUUUCUCCCCCUUCACUAUCUUCCCCGCCCCAUCACCUCCCCCGCCCCAUCACCGUCCCCGCCCCAUCACUGUCCCCGCCCCAUCACCGUCCCCGCCCCAUCACUGUCCCCGCCCCAUCACCGUCCCUGCCCCAUCACCGUCCCCGCCCCAUCACCGUCCCCGCCCCAUCACCGUCCCCGCCCCAUCACCGUUCCCGCCCCAUCACCGUUCCCGCCCCAUCACCCCCCCCCCGCCCCAUCACCUCCCCCGCCCCAUCACCGCCCUGGCCCCAUCACCGUCCCGGCCCCAUCACCGUCCCCGCCCCAUCACCGUCCCCGCCCCAUCACCGUCCCCGCCCCAUCACCGUCCCCGCCCCAUCACCUCCCCCGCCCCAUCACAGCCCCGGCCCCAUUACCGCCCCGUCCCCAUCACCGUCCCCGCCCCAUCACCUCCCCCGCCCCAUCACCUCCCCGGCCCCAUCACCGCCCCGGUCCCAUCACCACCCCAGCCCCAUCACCGCCCCAGCCCCAUCACCUCCCCCGCUCCAUCAUCGCCCCGGCCCCAUCACCGCCCCGGCUCCAUCACCGCCCCGGCCCCAUCACCUCCCCGCCCCGGCCCCAUCACCGCCCCAGCCCCAUCACCGCCCCUGCCCCAUCACCGCCCGACCCCAUCACCGCCCCGGACCCAUCACCGCCCCCGCCCCAUCACCGCCCCGGCCCCAUCACCGCCCCGGCCCCAUCACCGCCCCGGACCCAUCACCGCCCCGGCCCCAUCACCGCCCCGGACCCAUCACCGCCCCGGCCCCAUCACCGCCCCGGCCCCAUCACCGCCCCGGCCCCAUCACCGCCCCGGCCCCAUCACCGCCCCGACCCCAUCACCGCCCCGGCCCCAUCACCGCCCCGGCCCCAUCACCGCCCCGGCCCCAUCACCGCCCCGGACCCAUCACCGCCCCGGCCCCAUCACCGCCCCGGACCCAUCACCGCCCCGGCCCUAUCACCGCCCCGGCCCCAUCACCGCCCCGACCCCAUCACCGCCCCGCCCCAUCACCGCCCCCCGGCCCCAUCACCGCCCCGGCCCCAUCACCGCCCCGGCCCCAUCACCGCCCCAGCCCCAUCACCAGCACGCUCACCACAAGUCAACAAUGGCGGCCAUCACCAGGAACCAGUAG